AUGUCUGAGUAUAUGAGAAGGGUGAUAGCUUGGUUGGCGCUUAGCUUAGUGAUACAAGUCCAGGGCUCCGCUGACAUCAUGAAGGACGUCACGCUCGGCUUUGGAGAGGCGCUGCAGCAUUGCAGAGAAGAGAGUCAACUGACCGAGGAGAAAAUGGAGGAAUUCUUCCACUUCUGGAGAGAUGACUUUAAGUUUGAAGAUCACGAGUUGGGAUGCGCUAUCAUGUGUAUGAGCAGACAUUUCAAUCUGAUGACAGAUUCCCAUCGAAUGCAUCAUGAGAACACUGAUAAAUUCAUCAAGUCAUUUCCAAACGGUGAGAUGCUUUCGAAGCAAAUGGUGCAAAUAAUCCACACAUGUGAACAGCAAUUCGAUUCAGUGGAGGACCAUUGCUGGCGGAUUUUGCGCAUCUCUGAAUGCUUCAAACUCGCUUGUAUUGCUGCUGACAUUGCGCCCAGCAUGGAACUGCUAAUAGCUGAAUUUAUUAUGGAAGCUGAAAAUUAA